GGUCCUCUCCUCCCUAUUCCCUUCUCAGUUCUCACCCCUUUCUAUUCUUCUCUCUCUUCCUUUUCUGCACUCUCAAAACUUGUUCUAUUGUGACUAUUUCUUUCAUCUCUUUUUCUGCCAUUUUUGAAAAUUUUCUAAUAACCUUUCUUAGUUCUUGUUCAGCUUUCAUUUGACUUGCUUUGUCUUGGCUUUCUAUCAAUCCUCAAUUCCUUUUGCUCCUAAAAAGAUCAAACCUUGAUUGCAUGUACUUAGCUGAUUUCAGGCUUUCAGAUUGAGUUAUAUGCUUGAAGGAUUGUGAAUAAGAUGGGCUGUUUGACAGUCUUAAAGGGUAAAAAGAAGAAGGCUGAUCAUAGUGUAUGUAUAAAGCGUGUCCUCCCUCAGGAAAGUACACCAACAACGCUUCCUGAACCACAAGUUCCUAGUCAUGCACUUCAAUCGGCUCCUCCAAGCUUUCGCUCUAGAGGUCAGCCUGUUCAACCCACUAUUAAGUUAACAAAUAAUAGGAUGCGUGCGCUUUCUGCACCAUCGAGCUUUCAUGGGCCUGAUAGAGAAUCGUUAACGACUGGAUGUGAAGACAGAGGAGAGUUAAAACCCCAUGUAGUAUUACCGCAAGAACAAAGAUCACCACCUAGUCCACAGCCUCUCCCACUUCCUUCUCCUCAUUUCUCUGGAUCUCUUAAAAGUACAGGGAGUUUCAAAAUUGGGAAUUUUAGUGGACCUCUAUAUGCUUCUGGUCCACUGCCAUUACCUCCAUCGGGAGCACUCCGGAACUUCUCCCAUGAAGAAAUAUCAUCUGCCUGCCACAAUUUCUCUACAGAAUCAUGUACAUCCGAGAGUCUUUCUUCAACUAACUUUUUGGCUUCCUUUCGGGAUAUUUCUUUUAGUGGAAAAAUGAUCGAGGCUACUAUUACCCGUUUUUACCCAUCAACUCAGGGUUUGAAGGACUUCAUGAAUGAUGCGAACACGCUCGCUUCUCUUCAACAUCCCAACCUAUGUAAGCUGCUUGGUUAUCAUGCACGCGAAGGGUCCGAUCAAAGGAUUUUAGUCUAUGAAAGACUACACCAUGGAUGCCUAGAUCGACUCUUGUUUGGUAGAUCAGGUCCACCUAUUGAUUGGAAUACAAGAGUAAAAGUAGCUUUAUGUGCUGCUCAAGGACUUACCUUUUUACAUGAACAAGGUCCUUUCCAGGCAAUGUACAAUGAAUUUUCAACAGUAAAUAUUCAAAUCGACAAGGAUUUUAGUGCGAAACUGUCAGGAUAUGGUUGUGUUGGCCUCAUUCCCGAAACAGAUCUCUCUGAUACCUCUCCGGCACUAGGAAAUCUUUCCGUGGAGACUGUAGAGAGAGGACUACUCACUCCGAAAAGUAACGUUUACAGCUUCGGAUUUGUUCUCCUUGAAAUUCUCACUGGCCGGAAGAACAUGGAUAGUCGUCGAACCAAGGAGGAGAGAAAUUUAGUCAAAUGGAGCUGGCCAUUCCUAGCCGAUGAAUGUAGACUCUCCCUAAUAAUGGAUCCUCAGCUGAAAGGGCGGUUUCCCAUAAAAGCAGCAAGAAUGGUUGCUGAUAUAGCCCAAAAAUGUCUUCAGAAGGACCCAUCAGAAAGACCUAAUAUGAGAACCAUUCUGGAUAACCUCAAAACUAUACUAGACAUGAAAUAUUCCUGUUGGUUCCCUCUUCAAGAACCCGGCAGUGUCACUGGAAAGCAGAUGUUCCGAUCACCAAGUCUACCCCCUCGACAAAGUUUCUCUCACCCCUCACCAUCCAGACCCCACACCUCUUCCAUCUCUCCGACAAGGCCAUUGACUUUACCUAUUUCACUUCCUCCUCGUGCAUGUUCAUCACUCUCAUUGGAUGAAAUUGAACGGCUAGAGGCCCGGAAAUCGUCUUCAUCGGUUGUGUUUCGAAUAUCUAGCGUUGAAGGGUUUUGACUGUUAAUAGCUUGGAAAAUGUUUCGUUUCAUCACUCCCUAAUGUUCGAUUCUUUGAUUGGAGUCAUAAAUGUUUUAUUAUACAGUAUAAAUAUGGUGUUCUAUUCUUUUUCCUCUGUUGGCUAUAUUUUGUCACUAAUAGCUUGAGAGGAUAAUGGUUUUGUAGAUAUUGAGUGUAAACCAUGACUGCAGUUUAUGAGAAUUGUGGUUUUUGUA